AAAAACACAGACGUUGCUAAAAUUAGCAAACACUUUUAUAUAUUUAAGUGAGUUCGUACCCAAGUAUUAGACGGAGGAGAGUGUUCACAGUACAGUGUAGAAGAAAUCAAGUUGACAACCAUGCAAUCUGUUAUGUCAAGAGAAAACUGGCUCAAAGGUGUAAGAGGUUUAACAACAGUUAAGGACGCAGCCAUUCCUUCACUCAAAAGAGAUUUUUCACAAAGGGCUAGAGACUGGAAUACUGCUAACGAUGACCUCAAAACUUUGCUUGAUCUAGGAGCGAACAAAGAAGUUAAGGCAGUAAAGAAUGGGGAAUGUAAGUGGUUUGUAAAUGUCUCCGGAUGUCAACCCAUCUUGAAAAAGAUUGAGAUGUCACAUCUCCGACCAGCACGUUUGGAGUGGAAAAAUAAUAAAAAGGAUGACUCUUGUCCAAUUGAGUACAGAUUGGCAAAGAUCUUUAUGCCUGGCGGGAAUGAAAACACCGAUAUUACAGCGAUCUCGACGCGUUGGCAGUUUUAGAGAUUCUUAAGAACGACAAACGUUUAAAAGACAGAUUGGAUAAAAUUAUAUUUGUAAAUAUCUCUGUUACAAACUAUCUAUUUACAAAUUAUGUUUCAUUUAACACACUGACAUUAAAAAAUUACAUACGUGUUACCUUUUUAUCGAUAAACAUUCCACAUGCCAAAAUGUAUUUAAACAUAUAGAACAGAUUAUUUUAAUGUUAUCUUUAAAGUGGCAUUAUGACCGUCCAAGGGUAUAAUUUACAAUGAGCGAGCAGAUGAAAGUCAAAAUUAGUUUGCAUUUUUUUUUCAAUUUUAUAGUUUACGUCGCAUAAAUGUUAAAUCAAUCACGUAGCCCAAUGAAUUUUCUAUAUCAAUCAUUUGAAAAAACUUUACAAUGAAAAUAUUGCCAUAAUGUCAAUGUAAUAUAUUUUCAUUUUGACUUAAUAAAAUGUUUCAGAUAUAUGUUAAUAUAUAUAUAAAUAUAUACUAUACACAGCAAUAUCGCCUGAAAUUACUUAUCUUUUAUAAUCCUGUUAUAAAGAUAUUCGAGAAUGUUACAUUUUAUUUAAAUCUAUUUUUUUGGGCUUAUCGUGUUCAGAAACAGACUGAUGCAUUCAAACAAUAAUAGUAUAAGCGAAGAUGAAUUGGAAGAUGCUUUUUUAAUAAUGAAGGAGCUUCUACAAGACGCCAUGUUCAAAAACUUGCAGGAAUGUAAAGAUGCAGUUGAGGAACUUGAUAAGCUGAAAAAGAAAAAUAUAAUCUGUGACAUUGAUGAAUCAAGCGAAAUUUGGAAACUCGCCAAAGAUAUGAAAGAAGCAGUUGAGGAAGCAGAUGACAUAGAAGAACCAGAACCGAGUUCUGAAGCCAUAACAAUAUUGCUGAGAGAAACUCUACAUGAAGUAGAAAGCGAAUUGAAGAAAACUAAAAAUGAUUUGGAGGAUACUAAAACUGAAUUGAAGGCUACUCAAACUGAAUUGAAGGAUACUAAAAACAAAUAUGAAACUGUUGUGAAAGAUUUAAAGGUAGAAAAUGAAAAACUACAAAAAGAGAUAAACGCAGUGGCAGAAUAUACUCCAUCAUUUGCUGGAAGAGUCGCAAAAGGAACAGCAGCUGGAACAGGUGUCGGUAUUUUUGGUGGACCAGUCGGAGCUCUUGUAGGGGCCACUGCCGGAGGUGCGGUGGGAGGUAUUUCAUACUACUGGGACAAAAUCACUAAAUAGUAACUUUGUGAAAUUAAUACGGCAUAGUUUUUAUUUUGGUAUAUGUUAUGCC